CUAAAAUAAAUUUUGUAUUUUAUUUAUUGAGAAAUGAUUACGUAAAUUUGGUGGAUAAAAAGUAUACAUUUAAAUUAUGCGUAUCAUUUAUUCUAUAUAUUUAAUAAUAAGUUGCAUUUGUUUUUGAAAUUAUGGAAAAAGAAAGGUUUACAAUGCUCCUUUUGGAUCCUGGAGAGAUAUUCUUUGAGGAUUAUAGUGUUCAAAUGAAAGUAGUUGAUAAUUCUUCUACUUCAGAAGAACAAAAAUGGAAAGAUGGGAGAUUAAAAUUAUGUUCAAAAUCCUUGGUAUUUGUAAACAAAGAUAUUAAUCAAUCUCUAAUUAAAAUUCAACUUAAGGAAACUAUAGCUAUUGACCAAUGUCAGUCUAACAAUGAUAUAGCAAAAUGUGGCAAUAUAUUAUUGGUCAAAUGCAAACAGUAUGUGAAGAUGUUAGAAAAAAAUAUACUUGCACCAUAUAAAUUUAUACAUCAAAAUGCUACUUUUCACUUCUAUUUUUAUUAUGCAAAAAUAGAUGAUUGUCUUCCACAAAUUCUCCAGUUAUUUAGAGCAGCUACUUUGCCAACAGCUGAACAAAAUGCCAUGAUUAUGGCUAUUGUGCACUCUAGACAAUCCAGAGUAUCAUUUGAUACAUCAUGGUUAGAAGAUUUAUAUGAACAGGUAGUACUAGAAACUCAAGCAAAUAAAGUAUUGCCUCUUGUUAUAAAUCCAGGAAGAAUACUUUUAACGACUUCAAGAAUUUAUUUUCAACCUUAUAAUAAUUUAGAUCAACAUCCAGUUUUAAAAAUACAACUGAAGGAUAUUGUUAACAUUAAUAAACGACGAUUUCUGUUAAGCCAAAUUGGACUUGAAAUUAAAUGGUUACGACAACCAGAAAAUAAGCUUGAACAUUUAUUUAUAUCGUUAAAAAGUCAAAAUGAUAGGGAUGAAUUAUACACAAAUUUAUUAAAUCAACCUACAGUUUCUUUAGAAAGAGUACCUCAAGAUCAAAUGACUAUGAGGUGGCAAAAUGGUUCUUUGUCAAAUUAUGAUUAUCUUUUGUAUAUUAAUAGUUUGGCAGAUAGAACUUUCCAUGAUUUAACUCAAUAUCCAGUUAUGCCUUGGAUAUUACAAGAUUAUACAUCUACCGCAAUAGAUUUAAAUGAUCCUAGUAUUUAUAGAGAUCUCUCAAAACCUAUUGGAGCUCUUGAACUAAAUCGAUUAGAAAGAUUAAAGGAACGAUAUUUGGAAAUGUCUGAACCAAAAUUUUUAUAUGGGUCUCAUUAUAGCGCACCAGGAUUUGUAUUAUUUUAUUUAGUACGGAAGUAUCCUCAAUAUAUGCUUUGUUUACAAAAUGGAAGAUUUGAUCAUCCAGAUAGAAUGUUUAAUAGUGUAGCUGACGUAUGGAAAAAUGUUUUGGUGAACAUGUCUGACUUUAAAGAACUGAUCCCGGAAUUUUAUGACAUAAGCAAUGGUGGUGAUUUUUUAGUAAACAGUUAUGGUAUUGAUUUUGGUUAUCGACAUGAUGGAACAAAAAUAGGAGAUGUACAGUUACCACUAUGGGCAAAUGGACCAGUUCAUUUUGUACAAGUAUUAAGAAAUGCCUUAGAGAGUGAUUAUGUUUCUCAAAAUCUUCAUCAUUGGAUUGAUUUAAUUUUUGGAUAUAAACAAAGAGGAAUUGAAGCAGAGAAAGCUAAUAAUGUAUUUUUCCAUUUAUGUUAUGAAGGAGCAGUAGAUUUAGAUACUAUUAGAGAUAUUAAUGAUAGACAUGGUUUGGAGAUACAAAUCAUGGAAUUUGGUCAAAUACCAAAACAAAUUUUUACUUUACCACACCCAAAGCGUUCUGUAUUUAUGCUAAAUAAAUUGCAUACUAAAACUAUUUCAGUAUCAAUUGAGAAUGAAAUAGAAGACAAAGAAAAUCCUAUAGAGAAAACUUUUAAAUUACAUGAAUUAAUAAUGUUCCAAUCUCAUAAAGAAAGCGUAAGCAGCAUUAUCUUAAGAAGUAAAGAAGAAAUUAAUGAAGUAAUAUCAGUUGGACAAGAUGGAAUGCUUAAAUUAUAUAGCAUAAAAAACAAAAAAUUAACGCGUAAUGUAUCUUUAUCAUCAUUACCUCUUUCUUCUUGUGUAUCAUAUUAUACAUCUUCUCAUCGUAACAUAUUAGUUGCCGGUUCCUGGGAUAAUACACUCAUAUUUUAUGAUAUUGAGUUCGGCAGAGUAAUAGAUGUACUACAAGGACAUGAAGAUGCUGUUUCUUGUUUAGCAUUAAGUGUUACUCGUCGGAUUAUUAUUUCUGGUUCAUGGGAUUGUACAGCAAAAGUAUGGCAGAGUUAUACUUCUGGGACAAAAAUUAAGCCAGCUGAGUGCCUUAUUGCACAAUUAGAUCAUGAUGCUAAAGUAACUUGUAUCAAUAUAUCAGGAGAUGAAACGCUAUUAGUAUCUGGUACAGAAGAUGGAGAAAUUUUUUUAUGGAAUAUGGAUACGUAUAAUUUGCAAUUUACUGCAAAAGCUCAUAAUUGUAAAAUAAAUGCAAUGGUAUUUGAUCAAGAAGGGAAAAGCAUAAUAUCAUGUGCAGAGGAUAAAGUACUAAAUAUAAUUGAUGUUUAUACAAGUACUCAAAUUUAUCGUACAACUAUAGAAUAUGAACCUUUAACACUAACAUGGUUCAAAAGUUUUUUAUUAAUAGGCGAUAAUAAUGGUAAUAUUAAUGUUUGGAACCGCCAAGGUGCAGUUUUUAUCACACAAAUACGUUGUCAUGAUGGUCCAAUCAAUACAUUAUCAGUAUCAAUAGAAAAUAAUAUAGUUUUAACUGGUGGAAGAGAUAGGAAAAUAAUUGUAUGGGAUUGUAAAAAUGUAUAAGUCAUGUUGUAAUAUCUAUAAUGACUGAAAGAUUUUGUAGUUAUAAAUUGCAUUAUCAAUUUAUAGUAAAACUUUUCAUUUUAGAAAAUAUAAUAUAGCAGAAAAGUUAUUUAGCAUAUACAUAUUGUAUUCAUUUAAAAUUGUUACAAUAUUCAUAUUAAUAGUCUAUCAUCUGUUGUACAUUUAUAAUAUUUUAGUAUAGUUUAUGUCAUAUAGUUAUCCAUUCCUAACAGAUUAUAAAAGGUCUUAAAUACAAACAUUAUGAAUACAUUUAAAAUACUGUUUCUUUAAGAUAUGCUUUUUGCAAACUUGAGUCUUUAACAAAUUUUUAUGCAUGAAUUUAUAUAUAAUGAUAUGUAUAGUUUUUACAAUUUCUUUGGAUAUAUUUUAUAAAUUCUAACACUCAGUCUUAUUUUUUUAUAAAAACGUAAAUUUAAAUACAAGGAACAUAAAAUUAAUAUAAUUUAUAAUAAUUAUAUUUAAACCUAGAAAAUUAAGAAGUUGCAUUUAAUCUAUAAAAUGUGAAUGUGUGCGUUUUAAAUUAUAGAUCAAAUGAUGAAUAUUCAUGAUUUUUUAACUAGGUAUUUUAUAUCCUUUGCUAUGAGUACUUUCAUUAAUGAUUGUAAUUUCAAUAUUACGGAAAAUAAAUUCUAUUUAUUUUUGAUAUACUA